UCGGGCUUUAGGGAAGGUACUCUCCUGUCGCCGUCAGCAGCACGCCGUCAGGAUGCUGGUCACGGUGCUGUGCCUGACGCUGCUGAUCUCUGCGGCAUCCGGGUUUUCCACAGGUUGCCGUUUGUGUCCUUCCUCCUGCCUCAAAGUGCCCAGCGCCGAUGAUUCCUGUCCCGUGUGCGUGUGUGACGGUGUAGCGUUGUCAGACUGUCCCAGUCAGCCGCAGUCCUGUCCUGCCGGGUGUUCCAUGAGGAUAACACUUGAUGGUUGCAGAAAAUGCAAGUGUCCCUUUGAAGGAAGCGAGAUAUACGAUAGAGAAAGAGCAAGUGAAGCUAGUGAAAGUGAAAGUGGAGGAGGAGGUGGAAGUGGAGGAGUGUGUCCACCCCUCCCACCGUGUAAAUCAACCUGUCAGAAAAUUCUUGACGCCAGUGGGUGCCCUGGAUGUGAGUGUCCCCCAUCAGAGUGCCCCGCUAUGGCCUGUCAUGAGGGUUGCACGGUGGAGCGCGGUGAGGAUGGCUGCGAGCGAUGUGUUUGCACAGGCCCGGGAACCUGUCCCGCUGUCCCCGAGUGUCACCGAGGCUGCAUUGAAAUGGACCAAAACAGCGGCUGCUUCCUCUGCAACUGUACUAAGAUGGAGGACAACGCCACCACGCCUCAUCCACCCACUUCCGUGAGCAAACAACCCGACACCGGCCCCAACUCCCUGCCACCAGGUAUGAGUCCCGACCCAUUCGGUCACCUUGGCUUCACUCCGUCUUCCCUUGGAGGCUCCAGGCCACAUCCUCAUAAUAGGAGACGUCUUCCUCCACCACGUCGCACCGUCAUCAGGUUACCACCAUUCCUGCCCGGCACGCCGCCUUGGUGUUUCCGCCACCAUCCCUUUGGCUGCCCCCCAGGCUGCUUGACGGCAAUCACCACCUUGGGCUGCCGCAGGUGUUUGUGUGGUGCUGACGCCUUCCUCUGCCCUGGAGUGCGCAGCUGCUUUAACCGCUGUCUUUUCCUCAGCUCCGAGGACCGCUGCUGCAGAUGCCAGUGUCGUCGUCAGCAACAGUCACAGCCUAGUCCUUUCCCGUUUGGAAGCCCCAGCGGACCGUCGUUCAGCCCAUUCAAUCCAUUCGGCACUCUAAACUUUCUACCAGAUCCUAUUCGUCGGCAAUUCAUAGGGCUGCCCUCCCACACACCUCCGGGGGACAGUGACUCCACCCUGGUUGUUAGUUUUGGGCCAGACUCCACUACACGCUUCGUCUCCACUGGUUUGAAGGAUAGCUGGCCCACCCCUCACCAUCAAUUCCCUGUUGGACAACGUCCGUACAGGCCGCCUCCUCCUCCUCCAUCCAGGCCUGGUGUGGAAGGACAUCCACCUCACAGAUCAGAACCCAGACCUGUCGACCCGACUCCAAACACCAAUCCCGUGAGUUACGGCACUCCACAAGACGCCAAACGCCCUACACUUCGUCCCCAAGAACCUAAUACUCCUCAAUCUGGUCCCCGAGAUCCUAAUACACAUCAGUCAGGCAAGCAAGACACUCCUCAGCUUGACUCGCAGGACGCUAAUACUCCUCAGUCUAAUCUACAAGACCCUGAUACUCCUCAGUCUGUUCCCCAAGACCCUAAUACAUAUCAAUCUGAUCCCCAAGACCCAAAUACUUAUCAGCCUGAUCCCCAAGAUCCUGCUACUUCUCAGUCUGGCCCCCCAAAGAAUAAUACUCCUCAGUCUGCUUCCCAAGACCCUGAUACUCCACAGUCUGGCCUCUACGAUCCUCCUCAACCUAAUCCACAAGACCCUGAUACGCCUCAGUCUGCUCCACGAGAUUCUAAUAGUCCUCAGUCUGGCCACAAAGACCCUGAUAGUCCUCAGCAUGCUCCCAAACACCACAAUAUUCCUCAGACUGGUCCUCAAGACUAUGAUACUUCUCAAAACCCUGAUACCAGUCAGUCUGAUCUCCUACAGCAUAAUACUCCUCUAGAUACACCAAAAGAUAAUUACUUUCCUACAACUAAAAAUGAAGACCCUGAAACUCCUCAGUCUGGCCCCCAAGACCCUGGUACUCCUCAGUCUGGCCCCCAAGACACUAAUACUCCUCAAUCUGAUCAAAAAGACCCUAAUACUCCUCAGGGUGUCCCCCUAGAGCCUAACACUGCUCAGUCUUCUCCAAAACACCCUAAUACUCCUCAAUCUGGCCUCCAAGAUCCUAAUACUCCUCAGUCUGCUCCAAAAGACCCUAAUGCUCCUCAGUCUGAUCCCCAAGACCCUAAUACUCCUCUCGAUACACCAAAAGACUACUACUCUCCUCCAGCUAGUAAUGAAGACCCUAAUACUCCUCAGUCUGGCCGUGAAGACCCUGAUACUCCUCAAUCUGGUUAUCAAAAUCCUAAUACUCCUCAGUCUGCCCCUCAAGACCCUGAUAUUCCUCAGUCUGAUCCCCAGGACUCUAAUACUCCUCUCGAUACACCAAAAGACGAUUACUCUCCUCCAGCUAAUAAUAAAGACCCUAAUACUCCUCAGUCUGUCCCACAAAAUGCUAAUACUCCUCAGUCUGCCUCUCAAGAUCCUAAUAUUCUUCAGUCUGAUCCCCAAGACUCUAAUACUCCUCAGUUUUCUCCAAAAGAUCCUAAUACUCCUCAGUCUGAUCCCCAAGACCCUGAUACUCCUCAGUCUGGCCCCCAAGAUCCUAAUAUUCCUCUAGAUACACCAAAAGACUAUUAUUCUCCUCCAACUAAUGAUAAUGAAGACCCUGAUACUCCUCAGUCUGGCCCUCAAGACUCUGAUACUCCUCAGUCUGGCCCUCAAGACUCUGAUACUCCUCAGUCUGGCCCUCAAGACCCUGAUACUCCUCAAUCUACCCCUCAAGAACCUGAUACUCCUCAGUCUGGCCCUCAAGACCCUGAUACUCCUCAGUCUGCCCCUCAAGAACCUGAUACUCCUCAGUCUGGCCCUCAAGAUCCUAAUACUCCUCAGUCUGGCCCUCAAGACUCUGAUACUCCUCAGUCUGCCCCUCAAGAUCCUGAUACUCCUCAGUCUGGCCCUCAAGACCCUGAUACUACUCAGUCUGCCCCUCAAGACCCUGAUACUCCUCAAUCUACCCCUCAAGACACUGAUACUCCUCAGUCUAGCCCUCAAGACCCUGAUACUCCUCAGUCUGUCCCACAAGAUCCUGAUACUCUUCAGUCUGCCUCUCAAGACCCUGAUGCUCCUCAGUCUGAAACUCAAGACCCUAAUAUUCCUCAGUCUGAUCCCCAAGACCCUAAUUCUCCUCAGUCUGCUCCAAAAGACCCUAAUGCUUCUCAGUCUGAUGCCGAAGACCCUAAUUCUCUUCAGUCUGCUCCAAAAGACUCCAAUACUCCUCAAUCUGAUCCCCAAGACCCUGAUACUCCUCAGUCUGGCCCCCAAGAUCCUAAUAUUCCUUUAGAUACACCAAAAGACUAUUAUUCUCCUCCAACUAAUGAUAAUGAAAACCCUGAUACUCCUCAGUCUGGCCCUCAAGACUCUGAUACUCCUCAGUCUGCCCCUCAAGACCCUGAUACUCCUCAGUCUGCCCCUCAAGACCCUGAUACUCCUCAGUCUGGCCCUCAAGACCCUGAUACUCCUCAGUCUGGCCCUCAAGACCCUGAUACUCCUCAGUCUGGCCCUCAAUACCCUGAUACUCCUCAGUCUGCCCCUCAAGACCCUGAUACUCCUCAGACUGCCUCUCAAGACCCUGAUACUCCUCAGUCUGGCCCUCAAGACCCUGAUACUCCCCAGUCUGGCCCUCAAUACCCUGAUACUCCUCAGUCUGACCCUCAAGACCCUGAUACUCCUCAGUCUGCCCCUCAAGACCCUGAUACUCCUCAGUCUGCCCCUCAAAACCCUGAUACUCCUCAGUCUGGCCCCCAAGAUCCUAAUAUUCCUCUAGAUACACCAAAAGACUAUUAUUCUCCUCCAACUAAUGAUAAUGAAGACCCUGAUACUCCUCAGUCUGCCCCUCAAGAUCCUGAUACUCCUCAGUCUGGCCCUCAAUAUCCUGAUACUCCUCAGUCUGACCCUCAAGACCCUGAUACUCCUCAGUCUGCCCCUCAAGACCCUGAUACUCCUCAGUCUGCCCCUCAAGACCCUGGUACUCCUCAGUCUGCCCCUCAAGACCCUGAUACUCCUCAGUCUGCCCCUCAAGACCCUGAUACUCCUCAGUCUGGCCCUCAAGACCCUGAUACUCCUCAGUCUGCCCCUCAAGACCCUGAUACUCCUCAGUCUGGCCUUCAAGACCCUGAUACUCCUCAGUCUGCCCCUCAAAACCCUGAUACUCCUCAGUCUGGCCCCCAAGAUCCUAAUAUUCCUCUAGAUACACCAAAAGACUAUUAUUCUCCUCCAACUAAUGAUAAUGAAGACCCUGAUACUCCUCAGUCUGGCCCUCAAGACCCUGAUACUCCUCAGUCUGGCCCUCAAGACCCUGAUACUCCUCAGUCUGGCCUUCAAGACCCUGAUACUCCUCAGUCUGGCCCUCAAGACCCUGAUACUCCUCAGUCUGGCCCUCAAGACCCUGAUACUCCUCAGUCUGCCCCUCAAGACCCUGAUACUCCUCAGUCUGGCCCUCAAGACCCUGAUGUUCCUCAGUCUGCCCCUCAAGACCCUGAUACUCCUCAGUCUGGUCCUCAAGACCCUGAUACUCCUCAGUCUGGCCCUCAAGACCCUGAUACUCCUCAGUCUGGCCCUCAAGACCCUGAUACUCCUCAGUCUGCCCCUCAAAACCCUGAUACUCCUCAGUCUGGCCCCCAAGAUCCUAAUAUUCCUCUAGAUACACCAAAAGACUAUUAUUCUCCUCCAACUAAUGAUAAUGAAGACCCUGAUACUCCUCAGUCUGGCCCUCAAGACCCUGAUACUCCUCAGUCUGGCCUUCAAGACCCUGGUAUUCCUCAGUCUGGCCCUCAAGACCCUGAUACUCUUCAGUCUGGCCCUCAAGACCCUGAUACUCCUCAGUCUGGCCCUCAAGACCCUGAUACUCCUCAGUCUGCCCCUCAAGACCCUGAUAUUCCUCAGUCUGGCCCCCAAGAGCCUGAUUCCCCUCAGUCUGCUCCAAAAGAUUCUAAUGCUCCUCAGUCUGGGCCUCAAGACCCUGAUACUCCUCAGUCUGGUCCUCAAGACCCUGAUACUCCUCCUGAUACACCAAAAAACUAUUACUCUCCUCCAACCAAUAAUGAAGAUCCUAAUACACCUCAGUCUGCUCCAAAAGAUCCUAAUACUCUUCAGUCUGAUCCCCAAGACCCUGAUACUCCUCAGUCUGGCCCCCAAGAUCCUAAUAUUCCUCUAGAUACACCAAAAGACUAUUAUUCUCCUCCAGCUAAUGAUAAUGAAGACCCUAGUACUCCUCAGUCUGGCCCUCAAGACCCUCAUACUCCUCAGUCUGCCCCUCAAGACCCUGAUACUCCUCAGUCUGGCCCUCAAGACCCUGAUACUCCUCAGUCUGCCCCUCAAGACCCUGAUGCUCCUCAGUCUGGCCCUCAAGACCCUGAUACUUCUCAGUCUGCCCCUCAAGACCCUGAUGCUCCUCAGUCUGGCCCUCAAGACCCUGAUACUUCUCAGUCUGGGCCUCAAGACCCUGACACUCCUCAGUCUGCCCCUCAAGGCCCUGAUUCUUCUCAGUCUGGGUCCCAAGAUCCUGAUUCUCUUCAGUCUGCUCCAAAAGACCCUAAUGCUCCUCAAUCUAGCCCUCAAGACCCUGAUAAUCCUCAGUCUGUUCCUCAAGACCCUGAUACUCUUCAGUCUGUUCCUCAAGACCCUGAUACUCCUCAGUCUGGCCCUCAAGACCCUGAUACUUCUCAGUCUGCCCCUCAAGACCCUGAUACUCCUCAGUCUGCCCCUCGAGACCCUGAUACUCCUCAGUCUGCCCCUCAAGACCCUGAUACUCCUCAGUCUGCCCCUCAAGACCCUGAUGCUCCUCAGUCUGGCCCUCAAAACCCUGAUACUUCUCAGUCUGGGCCUCAAGACCCUGAUACUCCCCAGUCUGUCCCUCAGGACUCUGAUACUUCUCAGUCUGGCCCCCAAGAUCCUGAUUUUCCUCAGUCUGCUCCAAAAGACCCUAAUGCUCCUCAGUCUGGCCCUCAAGACCCUGAUAAUCCUCAGUCUGUUCCUCAAGGCCCUGAUACUCCUCAGUCUGUUCCUCAAGGCCCUGAUAAUCCUCAGUCUGUUCCUCAAGGCCCUGAUACUCCUCCUGAUACACUAAAGGACUAUUACUCUCCUCCAACUAAUAAUGAAAAUCCUAAUACUCCUCAGUCUGCUCCAAAAGAUCCUGAUACUCCUCAGUCUGAUCCCCAAGACCCUAAUACUCCUCAGUCUGCUCCAAAAGAUCCUGAUACUUCUCAGUCUGAUCCCCAAAACCCUAAUACUCCUCAGUCUGGCCCUCAAGACCCUGAUAUUCCUCAGUCUGAUUCCCAAAACCCUAAUACGCUUCAGUCUGCUCCAAAAGAUCGUAAUAUUCCACAGUCUGAUCCUCAAGACCCUGAUACUCCUCAGUCUGGCCCCCAAGACCCUAAUAUUCCUUUAGAUACACCAAAAGACUAUUAUUCUCCUCCAACUAAUGAUAAUGAAAACCCUGGUACUCCUCAGUCUGGCCCUCAAGACUCUGAUACUCCUCAGUCUGGCCCUCAAGACCCUGAUACUCCUCAGCCUGCCCCUCAAGACCCUGAUACUCCUCAGUCUGGCCCUCAAGACCCUGAUACUCCUCAGUCUGCCCCUCAAGACCCUGAUGCUCCUCAGUCUGGCCCUCAAAACCCUGAUGCUCCUCAGUCUGCCCCUCAAGACCCUGAUACUACUCAGUCUGGUCCUGAAGACCCUGAUACUCCUCAGUCUGGCUCUGAAGACCCUAAUAAUCCUCAGUCUGAUCCCCAAGACCCUAAUACUCUUCAGUCUGAUUCCCAAGACUCUAAAUCUUCUCAGUCUGCUUCAAAAGACCCUAAUACUCCUCAGUCUGAUCCCCAGGACCCUAAUGCUUCUUUCGAUACACCAAAAGAUUAUUACUCUCCUCCAGCUAUUAAUAAAGACCCUAAUAUUCCUCAGUCUGUCCCCAAGAACCUAAUACUCUUCAGUCUGGUCCCCAAGAUCCUAAUACUCUUCAGUCUGAUCCCCAAGACCCUGAUACUCCUCCUGAUACACCAAAAGACUAUUACUCUCCUCCACCUAAUAAUGAAAACUCUAAUACUCUUCAGUCUGCUCCAAAAGACCCUAAUACUCCUCAGACUGGGCACCAAAACCCUAAUACUCCUCAGUCUGUUCCACAAGAUCCUAAUAGUCCUCAGUCCGGUAUUGAAGACCCUAAUACUUCUCCAGACUCUGAUCCUGAUUUAAGUAACCCGAAAGACCCGGAUGUAUCUUCAACUAAUCCCGAAGAUGCAAGUCCUCAAGAUCCAAACUCACCUUCACCUGACCCAAAUGAUGCUAAUUCUUCACCUGAUACUGUAGACCCUUACCCACACGGACCUAAGCCUGGAAACCCAAUCAUAUUUCCCUCUGACCCCAUGCCCGCUGAUCCCUCUUCUCCCUUUGAUCCCAGAGACAGUGAGUUUUCAGAUUUAGACUCCCAGAAGCGUAGUCCUGUUCCACCUCCAACGAAAGGUUUUAAUCCCACAAAGUACUACGCUCCACCCAUUCCUAUAAUACUUAAUCCCUCUCCACCUGAACGGAAAGAGAAUGACUCGCCACUCACUGAAAGCUCCAUCACGUGGAUUGUUGUGACAUAGUUCUUUCUGUCUAUCUGUCUGUCUGUUUGUUUGUCUGUCUGUCUGCCUGUCUGUCUGUCUGUUUGUCUGUCACUCUCUCUCUCUCUCUCUCUCUCUCUCUCUCUCUCUCUCUCUCUCUCUCUCUCUCUCUCUCUCUCUCUCUCUCUCUCUCUUUCAAUAUUAUAAUGUUUUCUUGUGUCUUUUUAUCAUGUUACUGCUGUGCUGUGAUUAUAUUCAU